AUCUUUCAGACACCCCUUCUUCCGGAGUCAUGGAAAUCCUCACCCAAUUCCAUCUUGGUCAUUUGGUGGAUGUACUAGUUGAGAAGGGAGGUGUGCACAGUCUGUGCAACUUACUAUCGCUCGUCCAGCCACUCCAUGAAUCCUUUGAACGCCUUGGACUCUGAUUUGAUGAGACAGAUGAGGUGCGUAAAUCGGCACUAUGUAUUGUCAACCAUCAUCCUAAGUACCUAUUGGCAUGUUUCUCAGGAUGAUAUGUAUGAAGUGCGGGUCAUCCGAGACGGCAUUCUGGGCACAUUCUCCCAUGUCAAUCGGCAACCUCAUUUCAAGGUCAAUGAGAUGCUCAAGAAGCCAAAGUUUAGACAUGUGCAUCUGGUGCUGCCCGACUCUCGCUUCCUCGCUUUUCACGCAGUUUGUGCCCGUGUUGCUCACAUGCCUGGCGCUGCAGAAUACUUCAACGAUUUGGAGUGGGACGCCGAAGAUACAAUGGUUGUGACUGAAGACAGUGUAAAGCUACUCUAUAAUUUGCUGUCUCCAAUUCGCCGCCAUACAUGCUUACUGAUUACUCCUACUACCAAGUUAAUCUCAAUUCUAUUGCCUUCCAUCCUUUUCAGCACGUAUCCGUAUCUAUCAGGCCAUCUGCUACACCAUGACCAACUUAAACCAAUCAACUCAGCUAGAUUGGGAGUGAGAACAAUAGCAAACACAGAAAGUGAAUGUUCCAUUUACAGGUCAAGCAAUACAACUUGUUCACAUGCACUAAAAGAUAGUACGGAACACAGGGCAGUUUCCUCUCUUCCCCUGCUCCAGUGUCACAAGCAUCAGGCGCAUCUUCCUGCUCUCUUGAAUGAAAAAUCUCGUUUACCAUCCAGGAGUGAUCAGUCAUUCCUCCAAAUAAACUCAAUAUUCAUCUGUGACCACGCCUUGCUCAAGUCAAGAGGUUGACGAGCUUAACUUGAACUUGACCGUUUCGUCUCCCCUAUCGCCGAUAAAACUGUUGAAAGAAUCACGAAUGGGUGAGUAAAAUUUGUGUUUCCACUCCGAGUCUAUACGUUUUUUGCUUAUUUUUAUGCACAGACACGCCAAAGGGUCGACAGCGA